UUUGCCAACAUUUUCUUCAACUCAACAGUCGGGGUAUGGGAUUUCCCAGGCUCGCUUUAUAGCGAUCCUCGUCUGUGUGUCAUCAUCUAUAUAAACGCUCAACCGUAGGUAGUUAAUUCUACCAUCCGGCCGGAUAGCCCUGGCAGCUGUGGCCAUUAAACUAAUAUACUACUUAACCUCGAAUUUCUUCACCUAACCUAACUUUUUAAAAUUUUGUACGUGAUCUUUUAUGAUUCUUUUGCUUCGCAGACCUUAUGCCUCAUUAGUCAUUAUAUCUUGGAUAGAUUUGUAUACAGUUUUUCACAAUUUCCAACGAAUCGGAUUUUUCAAAAACCUUUUUGGACAAAUAAACAUGAAAAGUAUUUUAAUACCACCAGAGAAAGUAUAUUUAAUGGAAGAAUUAGAUAGAAGUGCGUUUGAUAAAACAGUAGAUGUGCCUACUUUCAAUAUUGAGUAUUCAAAUAUUUCAAAAGUCCUUCCUUUAUUGAAGAAAUAUCUUUUGAAAUUAGAACAUUUUAAACCUGUCGAUAGUGCUUGUCAAAGUAAUGUUCAUAUUUAUUUGAAUCCUGAUUUGAUUAAGACGUGGAAUGAUUUCCCUGAAACUACAAGAAUCGAAUUAGAAGCUCUAAAUCUUGGUGAAGGAAAUUUGGACCUAAAAGCUUUGAUGCUUAAAUAUGACAAUUAUUCUAUUGAUAAAAUUUUGAAUGCUGUCUUGCCUCAAAAUAUGGAGGGAAUGUCCAGUUUUACCCAAAUUGGUCACAUUGUUCAUAUUAACUUAAGAGAACAUCUUUUGCCUUUUAAACAUCUCAUAGGUGAAGUACUGUAUGAUAAAGUUCCAAGAUGCAAGUCAGUUGUCAAUAAAGUGAACAUGAUUGAUAAUACAUAUCGAAACUUUCAAAUGGAACUUUUGAAAGGAGAAAACAAUAUGGUUACAGCGGUAAAAGAAAAUAAUUGUAAAUUUGAAUUUGACUUCUCCAGUGUUUAUUGGAAUUCUAGACUUUGUACUGAACAUGAGCGAAUUGUUAAAACAUUGAAAACAGGAGAUGUUCUUUUUGAUGCAUUUUCUGGAGUGGGACCUUUUGCUAUACCUUGUGCAAAAAAAGGCUGCAUAGUUUAUGCAAACGAUCUUAAUCCAGAAUCAUAUAAAUGGCUAAUGCAUAAUAAGAAAUUAAACAAAAUUUCUGACUCAAAUCUCAAAGGAUACAAUUUAGAUGGUCGUGAGUUUAUUUUAAAAAUUGUGAAAGAAAAUUUAAUAAAUCAUUCAGAAAAAAAUACUUUCGUAACAAUGAAUUUGCCAGCUUUAGCUGUGGAAUUUUUAAAUACAUAUGUCGAGUUAUUCAGGGAUAUUAGUCUUCCAAAAAGUUUUCAAUAUAUUACCCUCUUUAUAUACUGCUUUGCCAAAGGUGAUAAUCCUGAAAAAAUAGUUAGAGAACUUAUUGUUAACAAUUUGAAAGUUAACUCUAUUGACGUAACAACAAAAAUUAAAGAUAUCUUUCAUGUAAGGACUGUAAGUUCCAUGAAAGAAAUGAUGCGAGUUACUAUACAUUUAGACAGAGAUAUUUUAGUUGGAAAUUGUGGAAUUAAAAGAAAGGAACAGGAUAUUAGUGACACUAUAAUUUUAGACAAUGGGCAAGAACCGCAAUGUUUUCAAAGUGGCGGGCGCAAAAAGUUUAAAGAUGAAGACAAAAGCUAAACCUGUAAAAACAAAUCUAAAAAAUAUUAAAAUUCAGACAAAGGAGAGAGUUCUAGAAAUUGAUAAAGCACUAAUUAGUUUGCAAACGAAAAUUAGGACAACAGAAGUAAAAGAGACUGAUGAGAACAAGAAAUCAAAAUUGCCAAUAUCAAAUACCAUGCCUGAUGCUAAAACUGAGCAAGGUAACAAAGAAGCGACAAAUAAAUUAGAGAAAAUGCAGUUGUAGAUAAAAUACAUGCAUUUGAAUGUUUUAACAUUUAUUAUAUUUAUUUUGUGUAAAUAAUAAAAGUUAUUAUAAUAAUAAUGAAA